UGUUCUUCGUUCGAGUUUGACGUAGAAACUUUAUUUUCUGAAAAAUGACUGGUCGCGGAAAGGGAGGUAAAGGUUUAGGAAAAGGAGGAGCAAAGCGGCAUCGCAAAGUUUUGCGUGAUAACAUCCAAGGUAUCACCAAGCCAGCCAUCCGUCGUUUGGCUCGUCGUGGUGGAGUGAAACGUAUCUCCGGAUUGAUCUACGAGGAAACUCGUGGUGUUCUCAAAGUGUUCCUUGAGAACGUGAUCCGUGACGCCGUCACUUACACCGAGCACGCCAAGAGGAAGACCGUCACCGCCAUGGACGUCGUCUAUGCUUUGAAACGUCAAGGCCGCACCCUUUACGAGAGUAUAGUAGUACGAACACAACGAAGCAUCGUCAUGGCACGUACCAAGCAAACCGCUCGUAAAUCCACCGGUGGUAAGGCACCAAGGAAACAACUCGCCACCAAGGCCGCCAGAAAGAGCGCGCCUGCAACUGGUGGAGUGAAAAAACCCCAUCGUUACAGGCCAGGAACCGUCGCUCUCCGUGAGAUCCGUCGUUAUCAAAAGAGCACUGAACUCCUCAUCCGCAAGCUUCCUUUCCAACGUUUGGUCCGUGAGAUCGCUCAAGAUUUCAAGACCGACUUGCGUUUCCAGAGCUCUGCUGUGAUGGCUCUCCAGGAGGCUAGUGAGGCUUACCUCGUCGGUCUCUUCGAAGACACCAACUUGUGCGCCAUCCACGCCAAGAGAGUCACCAUCAUGCCAAAAGACAUCCAAUUGGCUCGUCGUAUCCGAGGAGAACGUGCUUAAGUUUUUUACAACAACCUUCAAAAAUACAAUCGGCCCUUUUCAGGGCCAA